AUGAGAUUAAUUCCAUCACCAACACCAUUUCCAUUGAAUUUAUACAAAGCUAAUCAAAUUAUACCCACAACAAUAGCAUCAGCUAUAAGAAAGAGUUUAGAAAUUCCAUAUUCUUACGCGAGUACUAUCGAUAAUUUCCCAAGAGAUUUAAUUCCGUCAAAGGGAUUGCCACACAAAUUCAAACCGUAUUUUAAUCCUCAACCUAUUACUUCACCUACAAAAUAUAUUAUUCAUCAUGUGGAUGACUCUGACAAUAAGGAUGAAUCUUUUUUUGGUAUGUUCAAUCCAUUUGAGUGUGAAAGUGAGGAUAGUGAAGAAGAUGAUGAUAAUGAUGAGGAUGACGAGAAUGAAAUCUUGGAAACUCCAUCAUCAAAUGAAUUUUAUGAACGCAAAUUCCUCAAACUUUUGAAAUGGAAAAAGAAAAAGAAGAAGAAGAAGAAAAUUAUUUUAUUCAAGCUUUUCAUUGGCAUUCUGGUUUUCCUUGCUGUCAAAUUUUUACUUAAAAAAGCUUUCAAGUUUGUUCCCGCAGUUCUAGCAUUCGUGAGACGUGAUGAAUUAUACCAUGAUGGUGAACAUGAAUUAGAUAGAGACGUUGACUUUGCUAAAACUUCAACAACUGAUGAAAAUUUUGUAAUUCAGCAUCGUGAACUCUUUCCAUCGAGUUAUGGAGUUGAGUACAAAUUGAUUUUGUGA